UCCUUCUGAUUUCUCACAUACUAGUAGUCAUGGAGUGCAAGGGUGUGAAGGCGAUCUUCGCAAUAGCUGCCAUUCUGGCCUUGCUUGUUGGGCAAAACUCGGCAUCAACGCAUUCAAAUUGCUAUGAUCCUUGUUACGCCCAUUGCAGGUGGGAGACUUAUCCCCCUUGGUUUUGUAAAUACCAGUGUACUCUUGAAUGUCUCGUUCCUCCUCCUGCUGCAAAGGUUGACUCCGGGUGUAGCCUUGCAUGUGCCAAGUCCUCCUGUGGCCAACAUGAUAAUCCAGAGGGAAUUGAUAUGGGGGCCUGCUUGUUUCAAUGCUCAAAGAGCUGCACCAAAGUGACGAAGUCUCUCUGAUGGACGUCUUCUUACGUCAUGGGAGAUCUAGGAGUGAUGAAAAGAAUAAGCUCUUGGCUUUAACUUGCAAUAACAUGAAAAUAAUGUCCUCCAAGUUUGAAUGAUGUAUGGCAGAAUUUA